UUUUUUCCCUCUCGUCUUCAUACGAGAAUUGCUUCAUACUGGGUUAUUUUCUUUAAAACGGAACGGAGCUAAGAAUACAUGCUAACUUCUGUCCUAAAACGCUGGAAGCUCAACUGGUGUGACCUUUGGAUCGAUGGGAGUCUUUGCUUUUACAAGUCAGACAACAGGCGAGAGCUGGAGCAUCGCGUCAGUCUCAAACUAGCAUGCAUAGAUGUGCAGUCCGGUCAGGAAUGUGGAGGUGUGACUCCACCAGAGAGCAAUCCCAGGGAGAAUCUCGUCGUGGUUCACCUCAUGGACGGCUCAACACUCAACCUGUGCGCAAACAGUGAAGACGAAUCAAUAGCGUGGAAACUGACUCUGCUGCAGACCAGAAGAAACCCGGUGUUCACAUAUGACCCAUAUGAUGACUCCUACCAGGCUGUCCCCCUCAAUAGCCGCCACACUGUCUACAUAACACCUGGAGCAGGACCAGGAACCCACCAGGUGGUUGUUCAAAGGGACCCGUUUGAUGGCGUGGUGGAGCAUCUAGCACUGGGAAUGUUAGCAGGAAUGGCAGCCGGGGCAGCCAUGCGAUCCUUCCUUUGGAUGCCCUUGUUUUUUUGCUGAGAUGACUGACAUUACUGACAGGAGAGCAAAGCCUGCCUGUCACCAAGACAAGGGAGUUGGACAUCUAACGAGCAUGUGUAGAACAGGCUUUCCCAUCAUACUUGCUCUGAUAAAAAAGCUGCUUUUGUUCUUUAUUAUGAGCAUAUAAAACCUGCGUUGUCAUCUUAAACGUGUAAAACACUGUCAGAUGCUGCUCCCCUGUGUCGUCUGUGUUUUAAAAAUACUGGCUGCCACAAUAUUAGAAGAACAAACAUUACGGUUUUAAAGCGUACAUACGAGAAUGUGGUUUUGGGGAGCUUUGUGCACUUUGUUCUCACUUGUCUUUUGUAAGUUUUGCUUUUACUUGCUGGUUAAGUUUAAGCACCAAAAAUUACUUGUUUAGAUUUAUGCACAAAACUCUUGGUAUAACACUACACAUUGUACUGCAACAGCACCAAGGUUGUAGAGUUUUACAUCACCACUUAUGAACGUUUGCAAAGCAGGAAGUUGGUUUUAUAUACGAGUUAUUUUACCAGUGGAAUUCUAGACAAAGUGUAGUUUGUAAGAAAUAUUAAAAUAUUAGCACCUCACUAGAAAACAAGUAGAUAUAUUAAAAAUAAAUUAUAAUACACUGAAAUUCACUUUUGUUUUCACUGCACAACAGUCCUAGCUAUACAACCACUAACUAGCAUUUUUCAUAGCUCUCGUCAGUAACACUGCCUCGACUACCUGAAGAUGGACGGAUGACCCAAAAGCUCAGCAGGUCACACUUCAAGGGACUGAAGACUGCGUCUCAGGCAGUCAGCUUGCCUUUAGGUCAAAGUGUUUGAUGAAACCAUGGGUUUAAACUACAACUGCAAGUCCAACAACUAUGGAAGUUUGAGGAGUCCACUAAUAAGGAAAACAUUUGACACCCAUGAGUCAGUUGAGUUAUUUAGUUGAAAUUUUGAGACAUUAAUCCCAAAGCAAAAAAUAGAAGUUGUUUUUGGAAGUGGAAACAAGCUUCCAUAAAAUAUAAAGAGACACUAUUUUCCCAAAAUAUAUUUCAAAUUUAUUAUUGUAUUAAUAUUUCAAAAAAAAAAAAAAAAUAUCCACAAAGCAUUUCUACUCUGUAUCCAUCAACACACUGACAAUGAUGCUAAUGUAAUCUCAGCAAAGACUGACAUGAGCUGUGUGAUCUUUCGGUGCAUACAUUUAUUGCAGUUCUAUGUUGCAUGCUACAACUAUAGUAUUAAAAUGCAAAACAUGUAUUAAAUGAUCGCGUUCAACUA